AUGCCUAAUGCAAUCGUAUACUCGGCCGCGAGAUUGUAUUUGAACUUGGUGAAGACACUGAAGCAUGACCUACUGCUUAUGCUCUGUCUCUCGCAGCAAGAAGGAAGAGUCCCCUUCGAAUGUCAAGCAUAUCUCAGCAAAUGGGCACAACGCCAAGAAGUCAAGGAAGCCCGGAACAAACUCGCCAAAAGAGAAGGAGUAGACAAGUCAGGUAUUGAGAAUGCAACAUGGGGUUUUUCGAAAUUUGUGUUUGGCAGAAAUCACAAUUUGGUUAUCUCUAUGAGCAAGGCUAGGAAAGCUGGAUGGACUGGCUAUGAGGAUACUUGGGAGAGUAUGGAGAAGAGUUUUGAACGGUCGGUUGGCGAAAAGGUGUUACCUGCUUUUGAUGCAGGGGAAUAG